UCCACCCACCGGCGAGAGGUUCAAGCAUAAUCUCGACCAGGUAUCACGGUAAUCCUAUCUCGGCGACGCACGUGCAACAAGAGAAGAGGAUAUCCAGAUCUCCUAGCUAGCUAUUGGUCCCAGGAAAAUAACGAGAGCAACAAGCGUGACUGAAACAUGUCCAACACGGCCUACCAGCGGCAUCAAGGCGGGCCUUGCCCGCCGCCACUUCCGUGUCCAACAUCCGGAGUAGGCCCGCCUUCGCUGUCUCCCUCGCAGCAGCAGCAUCUGCCGGCGCCGGGGGAAAAGUACGCGCCGCCGCCGCCGCCGCCGCCGCCACUGUCAGCGGCAGCUACCGCCGGCGGAGUGGGGAUGGAGCGCGCGGGGGGGAAGCUAACCCAGGUAACCGGGUACCACAUGGGGAGGGGGGGCGGCGGCGAUGAUCCAGACCUUGCCGCCCCUGGCUCUGCUGCCACCGCGUUGAUGGCGGCGGGAGUGGUCGGGGGCGACCUCUACCCGUACCCGGGUUUUGCGCCCAUGUUCUCGUACCCGCAGGCAGCGGCUUCGGCGGCCAUGGAGCAAAAGGGUGCUGGCCCGGGGUCGCUCGACCCCGAUCGCCUCGCGGCGAUAAACCGUGCGCUCGCGCUUGCCCAGGUCCAGCAGCAGCCUUGCUCGGCAACAACGCCAUCGUCAGGCGUGGCGGCGGCUGCGGCGGCGGCGGCGGUUGGUGGAGGGUCAUCACGGCAGCUGGUGCCGGGCAAGGCGGGCUCUGCUGCCGCCGCUGCCGGCGACCCGAUCGACUCGAGGUCCUGGUCUUCGCUUUACCCGAGCCACUCCGGCCGCGGUGGGGCGUGGCCUGCGCCCCAGGCGACCUCGCUCGCGACCGCCUCUCGCGCAAGUCCUUCGCCCACGCCGUCGCCGCCUCCGCUUCCAACACCGGCGGCGGCGGCAGCCGCAUCAGCAAGAGCGACGAAAGCACCCCGAGCAAGAGCGACGUCCGCGCCGAGCGAGCCGGCCCCAUCAGACGACCGGGAGUCGCCGCGGAGCACCGCAUCUGCGGCUAGCGCCAGCUACAACGACGAGGGCCGCAACAACAAGCUCGAACAACCGACGGCCGCUACCGCCGCCACCGCCGCCACCGCCUCCGCCGCCGAUGCCGGCGGUGACAACGCGAGCGCCGCCGAGUACGAGCUCGACAGCGCCGGCAAGCGCCGCCGACUCACCGCCGAGGAACGCCUUCAGCGCAGCCGGGAGCGAAACCAGCUGCACGCGCGCAAGACGAGGCAGCGCAAGAAGGCCCAGCUGCAGCUCCUCAUGAACCGCUCGGCCGAGCUCCAGGCGGAGCAGAAACGCCUCCGGCAGGCCAUCACCGAUCGCCGCACGGCGAGCAUCCUCCUCGACAUGAGCGGAGGGACCGAAGACUCGCAGUCGGGCGGCGGCGGCGGCGGCCGCAACGCCGGCAGCAAGGCCUCCCGUGAUCACCACGCGGCGUUGGCGGCGUCCGUUUCCGGUGGGUCUUCCCGGCCGCGCGCCGGCAUGCUGCGCGGCAACGUGGAGAGUGACGACGCCGGAGACGGGAGCGAGAGCACGGCGGGGACUAGCUGUUCGGCUUCUUCGUCGUCUUGCGGACGGACGUCUUCGGAGGCGAACAGCUCGGACGGCGCCGCGGGCGGCAGCGGUGCCGGCGGGACCGGCGGUGCGAACGAGGGCGACGAGAAGCAGCGGCGGCAGCAGCAGCAGCAGCAGCCUCGGGUGGGGAACCCGGGAGACGCGGAGCGGCUGCUCGAGCUGUCCCAGAAGACGAGGUCCGAGUGCACGCCAGAGGAGCUCGAGCAGAUCCGCAGGGAGCGCAACCGCAUGCACGCCAAGCGGACCCGCGACCGAAAGAAGCUGCACCUCGAGGCCACCGAGGAAAUGAUAGCCCGCCUGGAGCGGGAGAACCGCAAGCUGCGGGACAUCAUGAAGACGUCGGUCAGCGGCGGCGGAGGAGGGAGCGGCAGAGGUGGCGGCAUAAGCAGGGGUGGUGGUAGCGGGGACGGGAGUGGUCUCAAGAGCGACGGCAGCGACAGGAAGGGGUUCGACGGCGGUGCUGACGCAGCCUCGUCGACGGCGAAGAUGAACCUAUCGCCGACGCCCAUGGGGCACAUGCCCAACUUCCUGUCGCAGCAGCAGCAGUCGACGCCGUCCGCCCCGGCUUCUCAGGACAGCCAGCAGCAGCAAGCCCAGCAGCACUCCGCCGGCUCCCCUCACUUCGGUGCCGGCCACCACGCCCACCCUCCCCCCCACCUGAUGCAGCAGUUCGCGAACCACGCCGCCUUCCUGCACCCCGCGGCGGCCGCUCACCUGCCGCCGCACCUCCACGGCCACGUCUACCCGUCCCCGCAGCACUUCGUGCAUCCCGGGCAUUCGCAGCAGCAGGUGGGGUACUACCCGCAAGGAUUCGACUGCGUCGGCGGCCCGGGCGCAUGCGCCGGCGCCGGCAGCGCUGCCGGUGCCGAUGGUGCCGGCAACGGCAACAGCGUCGUCAAGCAGGAGGGCCAGAACCCCUACUUGCAGCACCAGGGCGUCAGCGCUCCCCCCGGCGGCAUGAUGCCGCACUCCAACCCUCAGUACCUCAUCAGCUACCAGGGCUGGCCGCCGGCCACGUACGGACCCCCGCCGGCGGGAGCCCUGGCCGGCAAGCUGACGCCGAUGCUCGCCCUUCCUCCCCACGACCCGCAUCAGCACGCGUACCCGGUGCCGGAGCCGGGGGCGGCGGCGCUCGGGUACGCGAGCUGGCACGCUUCGCAGGGCCGGGGCGGGCCCGGCACGACGCCGUUUGUUCCGUGGGCCAGCGCGAGCUUGUCCUCCCCGGAGGACAGCCUACGCCAGCCGCAGCCGCGCCAGCAGCAGCACCACCACCACCGCCCGGGGUUGACAUCACCGCCUUCCUCCGAUCUCCCGGCUAAGGAGGCGCCGUCGAAGACGGCGCCGGUAUCCAGCAGCGGCAACGGCAGCAGCAGCAGCAGCAGCUGCGGAAGCGGCAGCCGGAGCAACAGCAGCGCGGGCGGCAGCGGCAGCGGCAGCAUCGCCGACCACGACAACGACGAGUCGGCGACGACGGAGAACUCUUUGAGCUCGUCGCCCUCGAGGACCGGCCGCCACCACCGCAAGCGUGCCGCCGCCGCCGCGACGGCGGCGGAGCAGCAGCAGCAGCAGCGGGAGCAGCAGGCGACCUCGGAGAACCAGAACCGUCUUGACCGAGACCUGUCCCGCGGGUGCCACGAGGCCUGGCAGAAGGUCCGACGAGAAAGAAGCGCGAAAAGAAAACGGAGCAGCGGAAGCUGCGACGGCAGCAGCGGCGGCGGCGAGCACCGCCGCAGCCGAGGCGCCGACCUCGACGGCGGGUGCAGCGGUAGCGGGGGCAGCGGCGGGGAAGGGUCGGAGUGCUCGUCGUCGUCGUCGUGGAUGGAGAGCAGCGAGAGCAGCAGCGUCAUGCCCGGCAGCACAACCUCUGGCGACACCGCCAGGAGGAGCAGGAGCAGCGGCUCGCGGAGCAGCGGCUCGGACAGAAGCGGGUCGCCCCUGUCUUCGAGCUCGGGCGGGGAGGNGGGGGGGUUGGGGGGGGGGGCGGCGAUGCGACGAUCGGAAACUUGGGACGAAGGUGUCCCGCUGCCCAAUCGCCAUGACAAUAGCUGUAGCUAGCUAUCCUUGUUCGCACGCGCAGCGGAGAUUUGUCGGAUUAGUUGUCGGGUCGAUGCAUGAUGAUGAACAUCAACGAAGCAUUGCGGUUUUAAGUUGUCGAUUUUCUCGUCUUCGUCGCUGUCUUGAGUGACACGCCACGCAGUGCAUAUCGGAAAAUCAAAACAGGCCGCUGAUUGAUAGAGGAGGGUGGUUGGUGGCUGGGUGUAUUGGCCCCAAGAGUUUCCCUCGACUUGCGCCACGCGGUUGGGGCUCUCGGCGGUUUUGUGAGGGGGCGGACGGGGGGGUGUCCGAGAUUGGGGAUGUACGUAUGCAAGGGCGCGGAUUUCGCGCCUGAACGGCAGAUCAGAGUUAAAAUAGAUGCCCUUGAAGGAAUAGCCUGGUGUUGCAAGUACCGAGCGCAACACCGCGGUGACGUUGUCACGAAGUCGAAGCUGCGAAGGAGGGAUAAAUAUAGUCCAGGCCAUUAGAUGUUCACUGGGGGUUCGUAUUUUCUCACUUUUUUUUUUUUCUUUGCCGUACACGUACAGUUUUAGGGGAAAGCCCGGCCGCGAAUUUCGCGACCAAGCGAGUAUUUUUUUCACCAUCUCCCGUUGCCGCUUCUUCUCAGUUAUCGAAAAUAUUUUCUAUCACGCCCACCGCCGAUGUGCGGGGGUCGCACCAUACAUGCGCUGCGUGGAAGGUGGUGUUGUCAGUGCGCUGGUGGUGGUGGAGAGUGUUCGGCGGCGAGCACAAGGCGCGGUCGACGCUGCGCUGGCUGGUUGUAUUGGGCUCUUAGAGGGUGUAGUGCGAGUCCACGUCUUUGAAGCGGGGAAGGGGGGGGGGGGCGCGUCCAGACUCUGUAGUCUGCUGACCGACCCUCUCCUCUCCCCGACCUACCGCUUUUGUCAUCUUUUUGCUGCUUCGAAUUCCUCUUGCGCUGUCUUGAGCAGGAUAAAUCGUUCGAUUUUCAUGCGUCUCCCGUCUUUGUGUCACCUUUUGGUUGCACGUGCCAUAUGUUUUGCCUGUGUAGGUUGCGUCUCGUUGUGUGCCAAGGUUACAUAUAGUUUGCCACGGUUUUGCUUAUUUUGGCUUAGAAGUACCAGAUCUUGGCACCCGACUGUGUUAGGUGUGUUGACUCUUGUACACAACAUUUUUGGCCCUUUUUAAUUUUUUUUUUCUUCACGUCUUGUGUUCGUGCGAUGGGUGGUUCCUCCGUUCGUACGAUGCUAUUUCGUAUCUUGCCGAGAUUGGAAUUGUCUAUGUGCGAUGGAUCGAUACCGUGGUGGUAUGCAUGACGGUGCGUCCCGUCAUUCAAAGUCAAUCAAGACUUCAACAAAGUCAUAAG